UAUGUUCUCGCAAAACAAUAGAUUGUCACUCCGAGCCUCUUCCUCUUCUUCUUCUCAAUAAAUCGUACACGUCUUCGUUCUUCUCUCCGACGGCAUCGCUUUUGCUCCUAGUUCAUCUCCAACAGUCUCAACAUAUAAGGCUUCUCCAGAGUGGGAGUGCUUCCAUAUUUCUGAGGCAUUUUGCUUACUUCAUAUUUUCUUCCAUUGCUUUCUUCUUCUUCUUCAGGUAAGGAAUGAUGACGAUCGGGCCAAUUAAUGCUUUCCUUUAUUUGAACUCCUCCUUACUCAAAUUUAAGUAUUCUAUGCGGGAUGUUUUCUAAUUUACAAUGUGUUAACUUCAGACAUUUGAGUUUUUGUCUGCUUUCCCUGAUCGCUGCUAUCGGAAUAUUUGGUUUUACCAUAAGUUGCUUCCGGCCAGCAUUUUUUUGGAGACUUGAGUUAAUUUCUUCUAUACUUGGAAGGCGUAUCCUUUAAAAAAAAAGGGGGUCUUCCUAAGAGCCUCGAUGAUGCUAUUGAAGAAUUGGGAUGCCUGGAGCUUGUAGUUCGAUUAAGUGAUGCGUCCGUUCAGAAAUUUGAGAAAGGCUGUAUGCUGUGCUGUCUACUUUUAUAAUGGAGUUAAAUGCAAGUUAUGACACUGAAUAUUCAAGUUCUAUGCAAAGAAUCCACCAUGAGCCAUGGCCACUAGAGCCCAUCGAUCCAAAUAAGUCAAAGUUUCCAUGUUGUAUAGUCUGGACUCCACUUCCUGUUGUCUCUUGGUUGGCACCCUUCAUUGGUCAUAUUGGAAUUUGCAGGGAGGAUGGAGUUGUUUUAGAUUUUUCAGGAUCUAAUUUUGUGAAUGUUGACGAUUUUGCAUUUGGUGCAGUAGCAAGAUACCUGCAACUUGAUCGUAAUCAGUGUUGCUUCCCACCAAACCUGUCUGCACAUACAUGUGAGAAUGCGUACAGACAUUCAGAGAAUGGGACUGCAGUAACAUGGGAUGAUGCGUUGCGAUCAAGCGUGCGGUAUUUUGAGAAUAAAACGUACAACCUUUUCACAUGUAGCUGCCACUCAUUUGUUGCCAACUGUCUCAAUCGGCUGUGUUACGGUGGAUCCCUGAAUUGGAACAUGGUUAAUGUAGCAGCUCUGAUUUUAUUCAAGGGACACUGGGUCGACCUCUGGUCAAUUGUGAGGGCUUUCCUGCCAUUUGUUCUGGUUGUUUCCAUGGGCGUUCUCGUUGUUGGGUGGCCAUUCUUGCUUGGGUUACUCUCAUUCUCUUUCCUUUUAUUGGGGUGGUUUCUUUUGGGUUCUUACCUUGUAAAAAAUCUAUUGGAGUGCUAGAAGCUCUGUUGAAUUGAAGGGCUGGCCUCCAAGUGGAAUCGUCAGAGAGAAGAUCUCUGGUUUUUCUUUCAGGAUGGUUGCUGAAACCAUGUUAGAUGUAGAUUGUAAUAGAAGGAGAACUGGAGAGAACGCAUAUUUCUAGUGAAAUAUCUUGAAUUUUAAUUUCCUUCCAAUAAAAAUGAAUUAAAGUUUCAAGAGUA